AUGAUGGCCUUUGUACAAGGCCAACCUCAUCCCUUAAUCAAAGAAGCCUUCACGAAAUUCGAGGCUCUCGUAGGCGUCAACGAUGCACGGCUGUUCAAGUCGACGAUUCUAGCGAAUGUUCGAGAAGCUGCGCAGAUUAUAGAGCGGGAUCAAUCGCAGAGAAGAUGUCUGCGAAACAUGCGACGUAUUGAGCCCUUGUUCGACGCUCUCCAAAAACUUGCUGGCCCGAUGGAGACGCUAUGCUCAGGGACUCCAUAUCUCUGCUUCAUAUGGGCUCCCAUCAAGCUCGUUCUCCAUAUUGUAGACGAGUAUACGAAUGCCUUCGACCAGCUGCUCGAUGCCUAUCGCGAAAUAGCCCAGAACCUUCCGCGUUGUGACCGGCUCGGAACAGCGUUCUGUGAUCAAGAUGGCUUUCAGGCUGUCCUCGCAGAGAUCUACAGCGAUAUUCUCGAAUUCCAUACAUAUUCAUAUCAAUACCUACGGCGCGGAGGUUGGAAAAGCUUGUUCGACGCCUCUUGGAAGAGUUUUUCUCGCCGCUUCAACUCAAUCCUACAGAGACUAGCGAGAGGUCGCGAUCUCAUUGACAAAGAAGCACAAAGUUUUGCUAUUCUCGAAGCAAAAGAAUUCCGUCAGCAAGUGCUUGAAAAAAUUGAGCGUUUUGAGCAUGAUCGCCAUGAUUGGCAGUUACGCGAUACCCUGUCCUGGCUGGAUUUGAAAGGCCAGGACCGCGAGCAAGACGAUCUAUUCGAAUGCAGAUCUAGCGCUCGAAAACCCGGUACCUGCGAAUGGAUCCUGCAAAACCCUAAAGUCCGUUGCUGGCUUGAUCCUGAGGAUUGCCGGUCUCAGCUUUGGCUGCGUGGAAAGCCUGGCUCUGGUAAAACUACACUGGUCACGUUCCUCUACGAUAACGCCCCAAUACCUCCAAAUUCAUUCAUUCUCUACUGCUUAUGUUCUUAUGGUUUUGCCAGGUCUGAAGCCAAUGUGUGUGGAUUAGUGUUUCGAUCACUCCUCGCGCAGCUGGUAAGGAAACAACGAAGCCUCCUCUCCCAUGUAUACUACAACUUCGUCAACACUGGAGUUGUCCUUUCGGCUUCUAAAGCAAGAGAUCUUCUGAAGAGUCUUCUACAGGCAUCAGGUCCGGCUUUUUUGAUGAUCGACGGGCUCGAUGAGUGCGAAGGCAUUCAUCAACGACAGUUGUUAUCAGACAUGCGUCAAUUGCUCGUUUCGACCAAACCGAUUUCUGAAAAUGAAGUUCCUAUCAAAAUCCUCAUCUGCUCGCGAGAAACAAAAGACGUCGGAGGAAGCUUAAAGAAAGUGCCCCAGCUUUUUCUCACUGAGGAAAAGGACAAGGUCUCGAAAGAUAUUGCCGAGUUUGCCAAAGAUGGCUUGUCACCCCUCAAAGAGCGAUUUGACGCGACCGUUGUUGCAGAGCUUGAGCAGGACGUGGUGGAGAAGGCUGAUGGUAUGUUUUUAUGGGUUCAACUUGUUCUACAAAUGCUCCUUGAACAACACAGUGUGCGGGAUCUAAGGAAUGCAGUAGAAGAAAUGCCUACGGACCUACCUGGAGUGUAUGCCUCAAUAUUGAACCGUAUUCAAAAAGCCUGCAACGAGGAACAGAAGAAUCGAUUGAAACAUAUUUUUGGCUGGCUGGCAUUCUCUUAUCGUCCACUGAAGGUGCACGAGUUGUGUGACCUCGUGGUCUUCCAGAAGAAACAUGUCUUGCUCGAUGACAACACAAAACUUCGAGCAAGUGUUCUAGAAAUGUGCAAACCACUUCUUGAGGAGCAUGGAGAUCACUCUGUAACCCUAGUGCACUUCUCAACCCGAGAGUACUUCUUACACGAAUACAGUGGUCCAUAUCUCCCUCGUCAGCAGAUUCAUCUCAGUAUCACUCAAGCUUGUAUCCGAUACCUAAUGACCUGCCAACCUUUCACCUCAGAGUCUCUCACUGGUCAGACUAGGACCGAAAUUGUAAAAGGAUUCCACGAUAUCUAUCCGUACGUAAAUCAAUUCUGGGCGAACCACCUGGUCGAAUGCUUCAGAGAUGUGCCAACAAUAGUAUCCGACGAAGAUAGCCGUGCGAAGAAAGAAGUCUACAGUCUCCUCAUUGCUUUGCUGCAAUCGUUUCAGGUUGAUGGUCAAGACCAGUCGAAUGAAGCAGGUGACAAUCCUACGACGACUUUAACGCAUACACGCAUCUUGGCUUUGGAAGAUUUACCCAGUCCCAUUCUACAAGUCCUUGAUUUGAAGAAGGGGAAAAAUGCAAAGGGCGAGGCCUUGAGUCUGAACAGGGUGCUUACCAAACGUCCUCCUCGGCAAGCGAUUUUGGAGGAUCCGGUAUCACUCAAUGCUGCAUUCAGCUGCUUCCAGAACUCGUUUGAGGCCUUGUUGACAGACCAACCCUCAGACUUGGCCAAUGAGCUCGGCGUCAGCCUCACCGAAAUAAUAGAAUUCAAGACCCGCCAUAGCUACGCUGCUUAUCUCUGCCGCAAGCGCGGAUGUGUUCGAGCAUCAGUUGGAUUUCAAAGUCCCGAGGAACGUUCCAAACACGAGACAUGUCACGACGAAAAAUUUCGAUGCCCUGAACCCGCUUGUGACUUUUCUGUACGAGGCUUUCCUUCACGAUCAGGUCUUCAAAGGCAUUACAAGACAUAUCACAGGAACCCGGAUGAUAUCGUCCUCCCCCCCUUCCCUUCCAGCAGGCAUGUCGAUAAUGAUGAAGCCGAUCCAUCUUGGCAAAUACCCAAGGCGCAAAUGGACAGUCCCCGAAUCCGUACUCCAUCACCUAUCAACGGUUUCACGAGUAAGAGUGGUCAUAAUCCUAACAUGGACCAGGCGCCUGUUGGCUCUCUCCGGUUCGACUUUAGCACUCUCGAAAAUAAUGAUGUCAUCGACAAUUUUGACUUUGAUAGAUUCCUUAACUCAACGAGUGAUGACAUUUUCAACUUCGAUGGAGUCGAUUUAUCAAGGUUGAUGGAGCGAAACGAAGGGUGA